AUGCUACUGGCACUUAAUAUACAAUGUGCUCGGCAUAACAAAAAACAAAAAUCACAAAACGAGGACACCAAAGGAACAGACGAUACAAAACCCUCAGAACACGAUGUGUCAGCGUGGCCCCAACCCGGCGCUGUCAGCAAUUUUCCAGUACCAAGUGAUUUUCUUAAUAACUUUGAAUCGGAUAAGGCAUUAAGUCACACGCUACAAACAGAACAGCAUUCUACCGGAAAACACUCUGGAGAUGUUCACAAAGGCAGAAGACACUAG